AAUAUUAGGUCGCAUUAUUUAUUUUUAUGGAGCGUUAUACUUGACCUUUGAAAGAUGAGGAAAAAAAUUGUAUUCAUGCCGAAAAUUGUUCGCAUAGCGAAUAAGAAGAAAGAGAAAUGGACGAACGGAAUUUCAGUGAUUUGUCACAUUCGCGGUUUGUUUAGUAUGGAAUAAAUGAAAAUUCAUUUUCGAAUUGGAAUUGUGGCAUGCAGUAGUGAUAUAAAAGAAGUACUAAACGAUAUAACACAGACAUAACAUAACGCAUUUUCACACCAAGAAACGUUAACAUGACUACACACAAUACGUAACAUACCUAUUGUUUCUGUGAGUCUCUACGUAUUAUUAUUGCUUACUGUUGCUUUGACGCUAAUAUGAUCGUAAAUUUCAUGCUGGUACUAACGCAAGCUGCAGGAUUGGAAAUCUAAAAAAUACAAAGAAGGUGUUGCAUACAAAGAACGAAGAAAUUUAUUUGACUGGGUCAAAUAUGGUGAAACAAGUGUAUUUUAGAGUCGAAGAAAUUUUAUAAUUUGGUAAGCGAAUUGCGUUAUUUAACGAAACGCCAUUUAUCUGUCUCGAAUGAAAAAUAUUUGAGGCAAAUAAUUCUUAUGACUAAUUGUAAAUAUAUUCGGUGAAUUUGCAAAAUACUUUCUCUGCGCGUGGAGCAACCGAAGGACUCCUCUUACGUUUUGUGGGAUCAAUUUCGGAAAGUAUGAAUGCUAGAAACUGGUCAGUGUAAAACCAGACUGAAAGAAAACCUUAUUCACCAUUAACGGAAGGAAUAAAAGUAAUCUGUACUCUCUAUGUUGAAUGUCUCUCUUUCGCUUUUUUAUUGCUUUCUUGAUACUUUCUUAAGUUUUCUUUGCCGAUACUAACCCUCUUAUGCAUUUCUUGUAUCUAAUAACAAUUCUGCCACGGAGAUUGAUAACGGAAGUAAAACUGAAAGAAUAACGGACUUGAGUUGUGAACAGUUAAAUUGAUGGAAAAAUUCUUGGGAAACUACACUACUUUCUCUUUAAGCCACAGUGGUCUGAAAAGUGCUCGAUAGAUCGAAGACUUUCCACAAAGUGAAUCCGAGGUUUAUUAUACAUAUAUUUGAAAAAUGGCGAGCAGAGCAAGUUAGAAUCUCAAGUCCUCGAAUCCUCCGAGAACUUUUUCCGGUCCCUGGACCUAUUACAGGAAUACAUAUGUGUAAUGAAUCGCUGGAAAACUGAUUGUCCAACUUUUUCUCACUUCAGAGUAUUAGUAAUUCCAUGCACAAACUGUAACGACAAACAGUACAAUGGUACUGCAUCUGCGUACCUGUUAUAUCCAACAGAAUGUACCCCUAUAUGUAAUCGGUUACAAUGACGUCCAAAAGUUCUUGGACUUUCCAAUGCCAAUUUUCACGAUACCGGAUGUUGCCCAGCCUCACUCGUUCUACCUUGCCGACUGGUAAUCAAGCGGUCUUUCUGCUUCUGAAUUGUGUCUAACGAAAGCAGCACCUUGCGAUGCCAGUGUUGGCGGUGUUAUUGAUUAACGUAGGUGGAGGCAAAGUCGGUGCAAAAAUCAAUAAUCGGCAGCCCCUUUGCCUCUGGACAUUUUCGCCGGGAAUUGCGCUGUCAGAGUGCAUUCGAAAGAUUUCAGUGCAAGACCUUUCGCUCUUUGCGAUGAUAACAAUUGUAUUAAGGCCAAGACUUCGUACCGGGCCGUGAAAGGUUGCGCAAAAGAAAACAGUUCGUCCUUAGAUACUACUUUUUGAACACAUCGCUAAUCCGCGUUGCAGUGCAAUUGAUGCAAAACAUAAUUAUGGGACCCGUCGGAGUCGCCGAAGGGAAAACGUUAAAUGAAACUACAAGCAAACUGCAGAGUACGAAUAACACGUGGUACCAGUGACUUCGGAGAGUGUGUAGUUUAUUUGUUGUUGUUCAGUUCUUUUUCCGUCAACCGUUGCGGACUUGAACCGAAUAAAUCACAAAUAUCAGUCCGAAGGAAGUGGGCCCGAGGCCCGAACCAAAUACGAGGAUAUCCGGGAAAGGAAGCGACUGCUUGCUGGAGGACUUCCUACCAAAGUCGCCUAACCAGUCAGUUUGAAGCGUACGGAUUUUGCGAAAAGUUGCAAAAGCGGUCAGCGGUGACGCCAUAGAACCCGGUCGAUAUCGAGAACCAGAGGGCGCCUUGGACGAAUUCCUAUGCGACAAGAAUCUCAGACCGGCGUGAAGCUGCGGCCUUUCAGCGAACAUCAUCACGGGGGCGGCGGCGGCGGCGGCGACGGCGGGGUAAUGAUCGAACAAGACAUGGCCGGGGCCCAGGACACCAUCUACCUGUGCAACUUCCGGGUAUCCGUCGACGGAGAAUGGCUCUGCCUGAAGGAGCUUCAGGACGUCGAAUUCUCGAUGCAGGACUCCAUGCAGCGUUCACCGUCACCUCCGUUGCCGCUUAGCGGUACAAACCACCAUCACGAACGACACCGUCACCAACGACACGAAACUCCUUCGCUUUGCGACGCACUUAUGUCCAGCUCGCCACCAUUGCCACUCUUCUCCAGCUUCUUGUCACGAGAUCCAGUGAUUAUCGAACGAAGCAACCUAGUCAAUAUUUCGAAGCUGAUCGUUAAGGAAUUGAUCGAGACGUCUCUGAAAUAUGGACGUAUGCUGGACUCGGAUCAUAUGCCUUUGCAGCAUUUUUUCAUCGUCCUCGAACACGUCCUUAGACACGGAUUACGGCCUAAGAAGGGACUCCUUGGCCCGAAAAAAGAACUCUGGGACAUUCUACAACUUGUGGAAAAAUACUGUCCCGAAGCACAAGAUAUCACCUCAAGUAUCCGCGACCUACCGACCGUCAGGACAGCGAUGGGCCGAGCACGAGCUUGGCUGAGGAUGGCGCUGAUGCAAAAGAAACUUGCGGAUUACCUAAAAGUGCUAAUCGAUCACAAGGACGACAUUCUAUCUGAAUACUUUGAACCGGACGCACUAAUGAUGAGCGACGAAGCCAUUGUUGUAAUGGGUUUGCUGGUUGGCCUCAAUGUUAUAGACUGCAACUUCUGUGUCAAGGAAGAAGACCUGGACUGCCAGCAGGGUGUAAUCGACUUCUCCCUUUACCUCAGAAGCAGCAAUCACAUUCCAGGCGAAUCACCGGACGACGAACUGGAGAACGACAAUAUGACCACUGUUCUAGACCAAAAGAAUUACAUCGAGGAGCUCAACAGGCAUCUAAAUGCGACUGUAACGAAUCUACAAACAAAGGUCGAAUCUCUUACCACGACGAAUGCCCUCAUGAAGGAAGAUCUGGCAAUUGCGAAAAACAAUAUUCUCUCACUACAUGACGAGAACAGGCAACUGAAAAAAGAACUGGGCAUCGAAGUCAAGGAUCCAAACGAGAACGGAAAAGCACCCGUCAAAAUCACAGAGACUACGUCAGAGAUAGAGGAGUUGAGAAGUAGGCUAGAAGUGGAAAAAAAGCAAAGACUUGAGGCUGAAAGGGAGCUGGAAUUACAGGUCAGCAUGAAGUCGGAAAUGGAGGUUGCCAUGAAAUUGUUGGAAAAAGAUAUCCACGAGAAACAAGACACUAUAAUAUCUCUGAGAAGGCAGCUGGAUGACAUCAAAUCGAUCAAUUUGGAGAUGUACAAAAAGCUGCAGGAGUGUGAGGGCUCGCUUAAGCAUAAGACAGAACUGAUCAGUAAGCUGGAAGCAAAGACACAUUCCAUGACUGACACCAUUCAGAAAAUGGAUGAGAAAUGCAAGGUGCUGGAGGGCAUCCGUUCCGGUGCCGAGGAACGGGCUCGGGUCGUCGGGGCGGAAGCGGCUCAACGUGAGGCUUGGGCAAGCGGCGUCGAGGGAGAGCUCAGGAUAGAACGGGAGUGGAGAACCGCCCUUCAGGAGACCUCCGUCAAGGACCGGGAAAAAAUAUCACAGCUUCACCAGGAACUUGAUCAGUUGAAGGAGGUUGCCGAGAAAUUCUUGGCGUUGCAAGAGGAACACUACGCCCUCAAGGAAAUUUGUACGGAGCAGGAACGAACGCUCGAAGAACUCGGAGGACAGCUGAGCUCUGCCAAAUUGGCAGCUGUAGAAUUGAGGGAGGCUGCCGAUAGCGUGCAACAAUCGCAACAAAACGGCGCUGCUUCCUGGGCAAACGAUCGUCUCGUCACACAGUGCAAAAGGUGCAAUCGAGAUUUUAACAUCGCACGAAGAAAGCAUCACUGCCGCAACUGCGGUGCGAUCUUCUGCAAUUCCUGUAGUGACAAUACAAUCGCACUGCCAAACUCCACGAAGCCUGUGCGCGUGUGCGACGAAUGCCACGUUUUCUUGGUUGGCCGAUAUUCCGUGAUGCCAUAGCGCUCAGCUUCCGUUGCGUACAACCACCGCCGUUAUUUUCAUUAGAUUUAAAAGUAUUACAUUAUAGUUCGAGCGUAGCUUUUGGUAAACGGUGCAAGAUUAUCGUGCCUAAAUGAUUGUUAUGUGUUCGAAACUCGACAGCUGGGGAUUCCUGACAAAUCGCAAAUAUCGAAAAAAAGAUAUCUCAUCUCAAUCCACACGAGAGAUGUUUGACAUUUUUAAACAACUACCGUUUCUCAAGUUUAUCAUUUUCAAUCAACGCUCUUGCUCGUGUUAACAGAUUUAGCGGACACGCAGACUUUCCAAGUCGUUCAAUCAAGACACGUAUUUCUUUUCCACAAGCUCCUAUAUUAUGCAUGACAGAAUAUCCGGCCGCCUUUAUAAUGUUAUGUGAUCUGCUUGGUAAGUUGAAGCACCGCAAUUUUACUUCCGCAGAUUUUGACAUCAUUAAUAUAAUAUAAGUGUGCAUAUAAUUAUUGAUACGCUUGCAGUUUAAAACUUAUUUCCUAUUACGAAAUAUACAUAUACAUAUACAUAUAUACAGAAAACGUUAGACCUAUUAUUAUAUAUAUAUAAUAUAUAUAUAUUGUUCUGGAGAAAAUUAGAUUCUUAUCUUAGAAACGUUUCGUGAAAAACAAUUAGAUCAUACUAAUAAGAAAUGUACUGGGAGAAAUAUUUUCAUAC